ACAAUUAGUAUUAUUUUGCGGGGCAAAGUGAUUAGAUAAGAUAUGGCCACACAUCCACCGAAGUUACAAGUUGUUAUGACUUCAAAUGAAAGGUUGCAAAACUUAAAAAAGACCUUUCAGAAAAUGUAUGGAGAGCCUCCCCAGUUCUAUGCCUGUGCUCCUGGGAGAGUUAAUUUAAUAGGGGAGCAUAUUGAUUACUGCGGCUAUGCUGUUCUCCCAAUGGCGAUUGAACAGAAUAUUCUUGCAGCGGUCUCAGUCAACGAUUCCCAAACAAUUCAGUUGGCUAAUGCAAAUCCCAAAUACAAGGAUUUCACCGUCUCUAGCAAGGAUAUCAGGAUAAACCAAGACAACCCUCAGUGGCAUUAUUACUUUCUCUGUGGUGUUAAGGGCGUUCAGGAUCACUUGGGUUUGUCUCCUCUGGCUGGGAUGCGGUGUGUGGUGGAUGGGAUUGUCCCUCCAAGUUCGGGACUUUCCAGUUCAAGUGCCCUGGUGUGCUGUGCAGGUCUCCUGACAAUGGAGGCUAAUCACGAGUCUCUCUCUAAGGUGGCGCUUGCUGAGAUCUGUGCCAAAUGUGAGCGCUACAUUGGCACAGAGGGCGGCGGUAUGGACCAGUCGAUCUCUUUCCUGGCAGAGGGGGGAACUGCAAAGCUCAUAGAGUUCCACCCUCUGCGGGCCUCUGACGUCAGGCUCCCUGAAGGAGCAGUGUUUGUCAUCUCUAACUCCUGCGUAGAGAUGAACAAAGCCGCUACAUCUCACUUCAACAUUCGUGUCGUAGAGUGCCGGAUAGCCACCAAGAUGCUGGCUAAGGCCCGGGGCCUGGAGGGGAACAACCUUCUGAAGCUGGCUGAGGUCCAGACACAGCUAGAUACCUCCCUGGAGGAGAUGCUGGGCCUGGUGGAGGAGGUGCUGCAUCCGGAGCCCUACAGCAGAGAUGAGAUCUGCAAGGUCCUGGGCAUCACCUCUGAGCAGCUGUGUGAGGGCCUGCUCAGUGCCAAUACCCAGCAUGUGACCCACUUCAAGCUGUUCCAGCGUGCCAGGCAUGUUUAUGGUGAGGCUGCCCGGGUGCUCCAGUUUAAGAGUGUGUGCGAUUCUGCACCAGCUGGGGCCGUUCAGCUCCUAGGAGACCUGAUGAACCAGAGUCACGCAAGCUGCAGGGACCUAUACGAGUGCAGCUGCUCGGAACUCGACCAACUUGUGGACAUAUGUCUGAACUCGGGGGCUGUGGGCUCUCGGCUCACUGGGGCCGGGUGGGGAGGCUGUGCCGUCUCCAUGGUACCCAGUGAGAAGGUAGAGCCCUUCCUACAGAGGGUUCGGGAGCAGUACUACAUGCCAGAUUCCCGACGAACAGCUCUGGAGAAACAGAGUCUGUUUGUGUCCAAGCCCGGAGGAGGAGCAGCCAUUUUUCUGGAACAGUGAUGUGGACGAAGGGGUCUUCACCUGCGUAGAACCUUUUGACCAGAUGAUCUGCUCAUUUCUGGACAAAGUGAAUGACCUAACUUCAUACCACACUUUUAAAGGUUUUUCAUAAUUAAUGGUGGGUAAAACUGUUGCACAACAUAAGGAAGGGAAUUCAGCUUUCAUACUUUUGUGUAAUGCUCAAUCAGAUUUGAGGUCAAAAUUGCUAUUGACAAUCAAUAGCAAUUAUAAACGUAUAAUUUAUCAGAUUGGUAAUUACAAAGGGAAUUUUGUACUUUUUCUCUGACACUGCAUCUAUUUCUGCAUUUUUGGAAUUACAUUUUAAAGGGUCUCUCUCAUGAUUUACACUGUAUACAUUCCAAUAGUAAAGUAUACAAUUUAUAAUGGUUACAGUGAUGUAUGUUUGCUAUCUGGGGUGUAAUUUCAAUAAAUAGUUUAUGAAGAAUAGCAACGAGAAGUUUAUUUCCUGCAGUAUAUAAAUCUAUACCCAUCACAAAAGAAAAUAAAUCAGUAAUUGAAAUAGCUUUGCUUGGUGAGAAUAUGUAUAAGCAACACGCGUGUAAACAAGAAUCUAUCUUCGGCUUUUCGAAAAUAUAAAUGGAUGCAAUAAACAUUUGAAUGGUAGCACUUAAGGUGUAA